UUAACUACAGUCUCCACAAGUUUCAGACAAGUAAAAUGGAAGCACCUCUGUCACCUAGAGAUUCUGGGAAGUUUAUAGCAAAGCACAGCAAGCAUGUGACUAUUGAUAUCCAAGGAGUGAAAAAAACUGCUGAGUUACUGUGUGAAAAAAUUGAGGAAAAAGAGUUCAGUGUUGUGGGCUGGAAGUCUCAUCAUGAAUUAAAUCCUAAAAGCAUGGAUGAAGGUUCUGUUAACUGGGUAUUUCUUGUGGAUACUCUCAACUUCUCCUUUUGGUCUGACACGGAAAAACACAAGUGCUUGGUGAAGUACAAAGGUCGAGAAUAUAGUGGAUACUGGUCUCUCUGCGCUGCAGUGAACAAAGCACUUGAUGAAGGAAUACCUAUUACAGAUGCCUCAUACUACGCUUCCAUAACACUAGAGCAACUCAAGCAUAUCUUGCGCUCAGACACAGAUAUUCACAUGCCAUUAAUUGAAGAAAGGCACGCUGUGCUUAAAGAAACAGGAACAAUUCUGCUCAAUAAAUUUGGUGGUUCCUUCCUCAACUGUGUGAAGAAGUGUGAGAAAAGUGCCCAGAAACUACUUCAGAUAGUUGUUGAAAAUUUUCCCUGCUACAGAGAUACAGCUACAUAUGAGGGUAAAAGGGUCUGCUUUUACAAACGUGCACAGAUCCUGGUUGCUGAUAUCUAUGGUUUGUUGGAAGGGAAGGAAGAUGCUGAAUUCCAUGACAUUUCAAGUCUCACCAUGUUUGCUGACUACAGGAUUCCUCAAGCACUUGUGUAUCUAGGAGCGAUGAAGUACUCUGAUGAACUUAUGAAGAAACUUAAAGAAGGGGUGAUGUUUCAGUCUGGAGACUGUCUUGAGGUGGAAAUCCGAGGCUGUUCUAUUUGGUGUGUUGAGCUAAUCCGGGACCAGAUGUUAGAGCUGUUGGCAGAGAAAGGGAAGAAGGCAGCUGAUGGGAUCAAUGCAGUCUUGGUCGAUUUCUACUUAUGGUACUAUGCUCGGGAGCACAGAACUGAAAUGGCUGAUAUUCCUAUUCAUUGUAUACGUUGCAUUUACUACUAACAAAAUUGACAAAGUUAGUAGUAGACUAAACUGUAUUCUAGCAGUACACAUUAAAACCGUUAGCGGAUUACAUUUCAUUUGCAGUGCUGGAUCUCAAGCUAAAUGCCCGAGUUUUAAUUGUUUUCUUGGUCAAAAAAGCAGUUUCUGACUCGAGGGUCGGAACAGGAGAAAGUGAAGUGUGAAAGAAAUACAUAGUAUAUUAAAUAGUGCUUUUCCAACAUCAUGUAGAUGUGUUGGAUGUUUUCUACAAUGUAGUGCUUUUGUAUGGCUGCAGCAUUGUUACUUCUGCCGUAAAUAUUUGUCAUAUGAGUAAAAAUUAUAUAUCUGACCACGUA